CGAAUUAAUUCAGUUCCCUACAACGCAAAACAGAAACAUACGUCUAUACGUUUUUGUGUUGACCGCACGCAUAAUGUGGUAAGAAUGGUGAAUUACGAAUCUUCAAGGAUGUAUAACAAAGCAAUAACAAUGAAGAUUUUUUUAUUAAUUAUCUUCACAAUCGCAUCAUCAACUGCUGAUAAAAGAUGCAGGGGUAUUUAUUUUGGUGAUAAAUAUUACAAUUUACAUCUUAUCAAAGAAGGCAUCAACAAAAUUGACAAUUUAAUACUUAACCGUAAUGAUGAUAUUUUAUAUUUUACAUUUGAAGAUUUGACUACAACACCAAAUAGACUGGUUGGUUAUAUUAAUAUGGAUACGAAAGAAACAAAAGUUAUUGAUGGCAUAAAUAAUGCCACGUCUAUUGCAAUUGACCAGAGAUUAAAUAAAGUUUUUAUUGGUAGUCAAAAUGGACUUUACAAGAUAAAUGACAUGAAACAAGUCGAAAGACUACCUAUACAAGAUAACAUAGUAAAUCUACAUUUCAAAGAUGUUUUGUAUUUUAUAAAUAUAAAUGGUGAUACGUUUAUAUUCGAAGACGGUUUCGGUGCAAUCGUUCAAGAGCUACAGGGUGUUAAAGUUGAAGAAUUAAUAAUUGAUAACGAUAAUAAUAUGUUUUUUGUGAGAAAUAAUACAUUAUUUAGAAUUAAAUUAGGUACAAAAGCUAUAAAUAUACAUGAAAAAAUUUACGUCGAUGUAAUAAGUACUGAUAUACAUACAAAAGCUUAUAUUUGUAGUAAAACUGGUGUUUUCGUGUAUAAUAAAUAUAAAUUUGCAUUAGAUAAAGUUUCUGAUAUGAAUUUUUUGAAAGGUUUAACAUUUAAUAAAGCGAAUGAACCGAUUUAUGCAGCAAAAGAUUUGAUAAUAAAACUCAGUGAGAAUCCGAUACCUUGUUUUGAAGAUUAAUACAAUGACU